CACAAAAGAUAUGAAACUACACCGCUAAUAGCCACAUUUGUGCUGUGGUAAUCAAGUAACAUACCAUAUUUGCAUGAUUCUACAGCGCCACUGUGUUUAAUGUGCAGUUAUAUUACUGCCCAAAUAUAAAAAAAAAUAUAACAUGCCAUGCAAAGUAACGAAAUUGAGUUCAGGAGUACAGUGUUGAAACAACAUUAUGGAAGACACGCACACGCAGACAUGCACACAGCAGAAUCUGAGCAGCUAGUGUCAAAUGACACCUAUUGACGUCUGACCACAGAAAGCCAUAUUCAGUUCAAUUCAGCACCAGAAAUGUCACUUCUGGAGGCCCGUGCAACCAUUGCCUGCGGGAGGGCAAUCCACGCACCAAUGACCCACCUUGCGAUGUUUCCAAGUGUCUUAAGGGGGGACGUGGCUUUCGCAUAGCGAAAAAUUACCAAAAGAUCGAUUUUUUGAAAAUCACAUUUUCAGUUUCUAUAAGCCUUUUUCUAUCUGAUACCCAAAUAAUCAUCACUGUAAACCACUUAGAAGUGCUCUAAAAAAUUAAGUUUGAUCAGCCAAGGUGGCAAAAAACCUCGCGGAAAUCAAGAAAGAACAGCGUUUUUCAAGCCGUAAUAUCUCCGGAAUGGCGCGACCGAGCACUGCAAUCUUGGUCUCGUUGGAAAGCACGUUUCUCAGUCUUCAAAUCUGCCACUUCGGCGAUCUCCUCCAUACAAAAACAAGCACACAAAAAGCAAAUGAUUGAAGGUCGUGCCGAAGUCUGCGACUGGCCGCUCCCGCCACGCGACUCCAGCGCAGUUCGCCAUUGGUCCGGCACUCGCGUCGUCUGCUCGGCUCUUUGCACCUCGCGAGCCUGGGCGUCUCCACUCGCUGUAAUCUCGACGUGUCAAAACGGGCGCUACGCGGACAUCGCAGUAGCGUGGCCAAUCCCUACACUUGUGGACGUUUCAGACUCGCGGCUAAGCAUUCCGAGCAUCGGCGACACGGACUUCGCGACCGAGAUUCAUGCGCGGAAUCCUCGGACAUGCAGCUAAGCCUUUCAGCACUCUAUGUUGCCCACGCGCACCCAAUCCUCGGGCACACGGCUAAACAUUUCGCGCAUAGGGAGCCUCCGACUCUGCGAUCAUGGACAUCGCGCGCGGACCUCUCGGACCCUCAUUUAAGCAUUUUGUGCAUCAGCGCCUCCGACUGCGCAAAUAAGUGCAUCGAGUGUCGACUUCUCGAGCCCGCGGCUAGGAAUUUCGCGCGUCGGCACCUUGGACUGCGUGAAUAAGCGCAUUGAGGGUCGACUCCUCAAGCCAGCGACUAGGCAUUUUGCGUGUCGACACCUUAUAUCUGCAGCUAGGCAUUCAAACGUCAUCUCAGACCCGCAACCAAGCAUAUUGCGUGUUCACUAUACAGUAGAACCUCGCUGUUACGUUCCUCACUGCUGCGUUUUCCCGGCUGCUACGUCGUUUUCAUCCGGUCCCGGCAUAGCCUCCAUAGGAUCCAAUGUAUAAGGAACCCUGCUGUUACGUAGGACAGUCAAACCUCGAUAUAUCGAACACGGAUAUAUCGAAUUAUUGCGUAUAUCGAACACUUUCUAUAGCACGUGGAAAAUCGCAUGCAUUUUUAAUUUUUUAUUUCGAACGGGGCCGGAUGUAAAAUGGAUAUGUCGAACUCCGCCGCCCCAGACCAAGUGCGCUCUGUUGACAGGAGGCGAGCUUUCCCGCAACACUCUCGAAGAUAGCGGUGGCGCGAUGGGCGUUCCAGACUGCUGCGUACGACAGCUGCCCACAUCUGUUGCGCCGAGGGCGCCAUUUGAACGUAGCGGCGUACGCACGCGGCGGCUUGGCGUGGCCGUGGCUUGGCCAGGUUGGCUAGUUUGACAACAUCAACAACACGUGCGUCUCGGUGCUGCCGUUUGUGCUACGCCAGUCGUUGUGUGUGUGGCUUAGGCCUGUCGUGGUUGGUGUGAUGGCUGCAAACGCGAAGAAGCGGACCACCCUGACAUUUGCUGCGAAAUUGGAAGUGAUACAGCGCGUUGAAAAUGGAGAAAAGAAAUCGAGCGUCGCCGAAGCUUUCAACAUCCCAAGGAGUACUUUGAGCACUCUGCUGAAAAAUAAGAGUGACAUAAAGGCCAAGGCGGAACAGAACCAGCACUCAGGCGUGCGGCGGGUGUGCAAAGCUGCCUUUGAAGACGUCGAGAAGGCGCUGUACAAAUGGUUUAUCGACGUAAGGGGCCGGAAUAUUCCUGAAUGUUCCUUUAUCGGGACCAAUGCUACAGCAGAAGGCCAAGAACUUUGCGUUCAUUCUCGGCGCCGAGAAGUUCACUGCUUUCGGCAUGCGGGUUUCGUGACCCGCAUUGAAGAAGCUUCCGAGGAAGCAACCGAAGAUUUGACGUUGGAUGGCACAGAGGAAGAAUGCCAGCUUGAAGAAACCUACAGCCAGUUCGAGCGCUUUGUCGGUGCUGAGCCACACAGCAUGUGCAUUGAGGACUUCGUUGGCGGUGACGACAGCACCGGUACAGUGGCGGAGUUAACAGACGUGGAGAUCGCUGCAGAAGUGACUGCUGAGCGGCCAAACGAAGGCGCUGCCGAGGCUGAUCCAGCAAGCGCUGAUGUUGCCCCACUCCCUAGUGCAACUGAGGCUGUAGCUGCUUUGGCCGUUGUACGCCGCUACUGCGGCGCAAUAGAAGGCACUGGACUCUCUCUUGUGGACCGUUUGGACUAUGUUGAGGACGCCGUGGUCAAGCACGCGGUUGCCAAUAUGAAGCAGGCUACGCUGCUUCAGUACUUUCAGCGAACUAAAUAAAUACUUUGUUUGAAGCUUCAUGUGAGUAUCUAUUGCGCCACGAUUGGUUCAUUGAUUGAUUUGUGCUAGUUUUUGAUGCGUUUUCUACGUGAUUUUAUAUAUCGAAUUCUGGCUAUAUCGAACUAUUUUGCGACCACCGCGCUGUUCGAUAUAUCGAGGUUCGACUGUAGCUGUGAAAACGUUCCCACAUGAUGCAUCGCAACCCGAACCCGCCUGGGCUAAAGUAGGCAACGCGCUCCAACCGCCAUUUUGGCUUUUAACGAGUUUUGACUGGGCUUGGCUAUGGAACUGGCUGCAAAAGGCCGCACGCCAGUUUGAGAGGCCGCCACUAGGUGGCCAUUCGUGAAAAAUGCUCUCACUAUCAUCACUGUGAUUACGGACACCGCAUGGUUUGUUGGACGUUGCACGGGUCGACUCACGGAGGAAGGAAACUCUGGAGAGGACCUGAGGUCACUCUUUGUGAAGCUAUAGCUAAAGGGAAGCCGGAAGUUGCCGUUGCUCAUGGCGUUGCCAGCGUUGCUCCGCCUAUCGGGACAGCUCUCCUCUCUUGUUUACAUUUCUCGCGAAACCACGCCGCGCUGCGCGCAACCGGGCUGCUCGGACGCGCACGCUCCGCAGCAAUACUAAGCAAUCGUUAGCAUGAUUACGCCAAAGAGGGCAACAUUUCCCGCGGAUAUUCCUUCAUCCAUUGCCGUGGCGCGGUGACGACGAGGACCACGAGAUGCAUGAAGCCGGGGAGUUGCCAAAUCCUAGCUUCGGAGAAACCGUCGCGGCUCGCGACCUCCUCCGCAGGGUCGCACCUCACAGCGACGCUGACAGCAAUGCGGCCUUCCAGGCUAUGAGAAACGUGUGGUGAUUUCUAGCGAGCGAAAGAAACGGCAAGCCACCAUUCUAGACUUUUUUCAAGUUCUAAGCACACUCUGUGGAAAUAAAUUGUCUAUAGUUGAAGCUGCACUUUUUUCAUUCAUUUUCGGAGCUUUCCUCACUGUUGCGUUUUCCUGGCUGUUACGCUUUUUUUCCUUGGUCCAGUGAAAAACGUAUGAACGGGGUUCAACUGUAUGUUGUCAUGAUAGCUCGUAGCAAUAUCUGUCAUACCACCCCUUCAUAAAGAGAACCUCAUCACGAGUUCUGUUCUCUAGGCCCCUUGGGCUCGCAUAGACACCUGGCUGCAGAAGUGAUCGAGGCAUCAUACAAAAGUACAAUUCUGGAAAGCACCUAGCAGCUGCAUAUCUAUCACUGGCUCUCUGAUCCUAAGUUCUACAGCCAUUGUCAAAUAAAGAUGACUUGGGAGGCUGCUGACACUCAGAGCCUUCAUUCAGUAACAUGGUCAAUCCAACAACAACAAAAAAGCCUCAGUGAUUGUACUGGGUUGCUAUCAAUUGGGCAGCAUGCGGGUACAGGCUGCCUGAAUGUACACUGGAACUAUAUUCCUGCCCACACAGAGUUCUGCACGUCACUUGGUUUGAAACCUAGGUACCAUGCUCUUUGUAGAGCAGCAGCAGCAAAGAAUGCCCUAUAAAAAGAAAAAAAAGGGGGGGGGGAGCACACUAAACCGGAGGCCACAUCUACAAGAAGCCCUAUAUCACAAAACACCCCAAAGGCUACAAAUUUGGUGCCUUUUAGAGAACUGAAGAGGAGGUCAAACUUUGAGAGCUGUUUUCUCAAAACUGUUUUUCUGCGUUUUUGCUCAGUUUCUGGAGCUGAUUUCUUUGUUACCUUUUAACAGUGCAGGUCGUGACAUUCUCGCUUUCUUAUCUUGACCCUUUGUAAGUUUACGAUAUGGCUAUUCGUCUACCCUGAAGGUGUGCUUGAUGUGAAGGUAACAUAAAAUAUGGCACUCCAAAAAAUCUGUGUUGCGAAAAAAAAAAAAUGCAAGAAUGUCACGACCUUCAGCAUGCAUUUAGCUAUGCAGUCAAUACUUAACAAGCCUUCUAUCACGUUUUUUAAGUUCCCCAGGCUCUCCAGAAAGUAAGAGGGACAAAAAUUCAGCUCAAUCAAAUUGAAUAAAUUGUUCUCAAGAUAUUGCUGUGAAACUUUUAUGGAAGCAUCAGGGAGACAG